AUAUAACGGAGAUGGAGAAGUUUUGGAUGUCCAGAAGUUUGAGUCAGCUGACGUUUAACUUUCCCUUCCUGACUCAGUUCCUCCGACGGCAGAGAUGAGGCAGCUUUCGAAGGAAAACCUAACUUACACAAGUCAAACGGCUUGUUAAUUAUUAGGAAACGUAACGUUACCGAAAUGCGUUUCAGAUUGUCAUCGUAACUGUGACGAAGUUUGGCGUUUUAAACGACUUUCCAGCUUGAAGGUUGGUCGUCUGCUUGAAUCCAGAACAUCUUUCAUCAUGGGUGACUGGAGCGCGCUGGGGAAACUUCUUGACAAGGUCCAGGCGUACUCCACCGCUGGAGGCAAAGUCUGGCUCUCUGUCCUCUUCAUCUUCCGGAUCCUGGUGUUGGGGACGGCGGUGGAGUCCGCCUGGGGAGAUGAGCAGUCGGCCUUCAAAUGCAACACGCUGCAACCUGGAUGUGAGAACGUGUGCUACGAUAAGUCGUUCCCAAUCUCCCACGUGCGCUUCUGGGUGCUGCAGAUCAUAUUUGUGUCCAUGCCGACCCUCCUAUAUCUCAGCCACGUGGUGUUCCUCAUGAACAAAGAGGAGAAAUUGAAUAAAAAAGAGGAGAAAUUAAGAGACAUCCAAAACACAGGUGGAGAUGUGGACGUGCUCCUGCGCAAAAUCGAAACUAGAAAGUUCAAGUACGGAUUGGAGGAUCACGGGAAGAUCAAGAUGAGGGGAGGGAUAUUUUACACAUAUAUAGUGAGCAUCGUGUUGAAGUCCGUAUUUGAAAUCGUCUUCCUUUUAAUACAGUGGCACCUUUACGGAUUCAAGCUGUCAGCCGUUUAUACGUGCGAGAAGUUCCCUUGUCCACAUAAGGUGGACUGUUUUCUGUCCCGUCCCACAGAGAAGACAGUUUUCAUCGUGUUCAUGCUGGUUGUCUCACUGGUCUCUCUGGCCCUCAACGUCUUUGAGUUUUUUUAUGUGAUUUUUAAGAGGAUGAAGGACCAAAUUAAGGAGUCUGAGAAGAAAUUUGACAGCGCCUGCAAUAUCAAGCCCUGUCCGAGGAAUCUGUCCAGCUUUGAGUAUUACAAUGACUGCUCGGCCCCCGUCCCAAAUCUGGGCUACAAUCUAGACACUGGCGAUAAAUCCAACUCCUCUGAUAAUUACGACAAGCAGGCUAACGAGCAGAACUGGACUAAUUACAGCACAGAACAGAACCAGUUGGGUCACAGCCAGCGCUUCCCUUACCCGGAGAAAGUGACUCUAGGGAAGGAUCUUCUGCUGCUCAAAGAGCUUGAACCUCGACCCAGUAGUCGAGCGAGCAGUCGAGCCAGGCCGGAUGAUCUUGACAUCUAGCAGAAGCCUCAAACACUGACACUUUCUGCCUUUCACAACGUUUAAAGACACUGUGAAAUGGACACUGUCACUGACAUCCAAAAAGUGGUGUUUAAGCAAUUAUAUUUAUUUUAUUCAUUUCGUGCUCUUGUAACUCAUGCCAAACAGCUGUUUUUUUAUGUGAACUAUUUAUGAACUGUAAUCGUGAAAUCAAAUCAUUUCCCAGAUUUACUUCACACACUAUCUGACAAAAGUCUUGUCACCUAUCCAAGUUUUAGGAACAACAAAUAAUAACUUGACUUCUAAUUGAUCAUUUGUAUACAGAAGUGGCUUAUAUGAAAGGCAAAGGCCUCUAGAUUACGCUUAUUUUACCAAAAUAAAAUAUGAUCAUGUCUUGAUUUUUAAUUAUUUAAUGAGGACAGUAAGGUCUGACUUUGCUUAUACAAAAGUCUUGUCACUUAACAGAAAUAAUGUACAGUAUAGAAUAUAAAGUCAUGCUGCAGUGGAAAAAUAAUUUAUAUCGUAUAUGACUCCUAUGAGUUUGGAGGACUGCAUCCUCACAUCUCUGCAAUGACUCAAAUAACUUAAUAAUAAAAUCAUCUGGAAGGUCAAAGAAAGUGUUCUUGCAGGACUCCCAGAGUUAAUCAAGAUUUAAUGGAUUCAUCUUUAAUGCCUCCUCCUUCAUCUUACCCCAGACAUGCCCAAUAAUGUUCAUGUUUGGUGACUGGGCUGGCCAAUCCUGGGGCACCUUGACCUUCUUUGCUCUCAGGAACUUUGAUGUUGAUGCUGAAGUAUUUGAAAGAGCUGAAGAAUUUGACCUCUCCUUUGGUUUAUAAUGUAAUGGGCAGUACAUUCGCCUAUUACAUUCGAUGUUGCCAUCCACUCUGCAGAUCUCUUCCAUGCCCCCAUACUGAAUGUAACCCCAGACCAUGAUUUUUCCUUCACCAAACUUGACUGAUUUAUGUGAGAAUCUUGGGUUCAUGCGGGUUUCAAUAGGUCUUUUGCAGUAUUUGUGAUGAUUGGGAUGCAGUUCAACAGAUUAUUCAUCAGAAAAAUCUACCUUCUGCCACUUUUCCAAAUGAUCAGCUAGAAGUCAAGUUAUUAUUUGUUGCUCUUACAACUGGGAUCGACGACAAGAUUUUUGUCAGGAUAGAGUAGUAGAAGUGGACAUUUGAAGUGGACCAAAAAGUCUUUCAAAAUUGUCUGCAAUUCCAUCCAAAUGUCAACCUUGCCAUUAAAAAAGUUAAGUUUUCACCAAAAUAGCAAAACCCUUUCUAGCUCUUUUGCAUGGGCUUGUAUUUUACAGCACUGUCUCUGUCAGUGUUUUCCAACUAUUAUAUUUGAUUUACCAAAGUCACACAAGUGGCAAUUUCACAUCUGUCACAUGCAUAAUAGAGAGAUAUCACAUCCAUAACGAAGCUUUUCCCUCAUAAAGGCAAAAAUGUCAAAUAAAAUAAAAUCAAUCAUCUUUGCUUUAGUCAGCCAACACUUAUUCUUUUGAUUAGCAUUAUUUCUUUGGGGUUGUGCAGUUUAAUUCACAGAAUUCCUACAAAAUAUUUUGCAUACUGCAAACUCACUAACUUUUUUAGCCACAUCCAUAAUGCAUGUUUAUUUUCCUCAGUUAAAAAAUGUUUUAAUAAUGGAUAAUUUUCUAAUCCCUUAACUCUGUGGUUAGUUGUUUUGGAAAAAUAAGCAGAUGUUUCAAUAUAAUGUUGACAUAUUCUUUCUCUGUGAAUUUAUGUUUUGAAUUUCUACUGCAAAUGUUACAUCCAUAACGCUGGAAUUGGAAGACAAGACUGGUUGUUGUUCAAUAGUUUUAGCAAAACUUUGAUGAAAGAUUUUGAUCCACUUCAAAUGUUGACUACUGUAGAACAAUACAUUAAGUAUAUGGGUAGUAGACGCAUAUGUGUCCAUAAACAUUUUUGUACUGUAUAUCAAUAUCAAGAGUUUAGGUUCAAAAUGUAUGUGAAUAUAUAAUGAAAACUGUAUAUCUUAA